AUGGCCGCCGCCACCCGGAUCCCGCCUACCCUUCCCGAGUGCGACGAUCACGACGGCGCCGUCAUCCUCGACCUGCGGUGCUACGUCGCCGACCUUCCCAACGCCACCACCGCAUCGGGCGCCACGAGCAGCGGCCUGCCGAUCCAGGUGACCUUCCAUGCCGCCCGCCCGCCGUUCCUCUCCUACUUGUGUGUCCACUGCCACGGCCUGGUCUUCUACCGCUCAUUGCCCAGAGUCGUCGCCACGGACGCCGACCUCGUGCUCCUCCGCGUCCCCAUGGACAUCAACGCGCCUAUUGAUAUACAGUCCUGGGACUACUUCGUAUACAGGCCGCGAGCCCAUCGCCUGGAUCUGCUCCCAAACCCGUACCCCAUGUGCUUCCGCGACUCUGCAACCGCCCUCCUCAGCCACAACGACGGCGCCUGGUACGCCGUCGCCGCCAUCAGCAGCUGGUGCCCAGUGUACUACGAGGGCAACAACAAGGACUCCAUCAUCAGGUGGGACUUUCGGCUCCACCUGUACCGCUCCUCCGAUUCAAAGGGAUGGAUCACCAUGCCCAUGUCAUUGGAGGAGCUUGUGAGGGACAAGCUUCUCCCGUUACCGGCUUCUGCCGAUGCGGUGGAGGAGGACGACGACGUGCCGCUGUACCACAAGACAUCCAAGACGCUCACAAUCGGCGGCGAGCGCGGCACCGUCGCCUGGGUGGACCUCUGGCGUGGCAUCCUCCUCUGUGACGUGCUGGGGGAGCGACCAAUAAUGGUGUUUCAAGACAUCCCAUUGCCCAUGCCAGCAAGGGGAAACAUGGGUCGCUUCCUCCGGCAAUGCGAGCCCAACUAUAUCAGGGAUGUUGCCAUCACUCGGCACAAAGACACGAUCAAGUUCGUGGAGAUGGAAAUCUGGCCACCAAAAAAGCAGACCAAGGUCAUCCAAUGUGGAUGGAAGGCCACGACAUGGAGCAUGCCAGUACCACCAUUACCAGUUGUUGGUUCAUCAUUCACAGCGGACUGGCAGACUGACUGUGAAGCUCAAGUCGAAGAUGUCACCGGCGACCCACACCAUUGGAACCUGCUGUCUAAGCUGAGCGGGAGUGACACCACGCCAACAUUGCAGAAACUUUUCACGGCAUACCCUACCAUAAGCAUGGACGAUGACGAUAUUGUCUACUUUGUUCAUAGUAACGCCAUCAGUCUCCUGGAAAGAUUGGAGUUGGUGAUUGCUGUCGAUGUAAGGAACAAAACCCUGCGAGGAGUAGCUGAGAUUGAUGUCCAGAAGAAGAACUUCAUCCUCAUGCCCGUCUUCUGCACCAGUGACAUUUGCAGACAUCUGACGAAGACUACUGCAGCUAUAUCUCAGCAGAGCUUAAUCCAACUGAAAAGAAGCUGGUAA